AAAAAGAUGGAAACUUGGAAGACAAAAUACAACAGAAAGAAAAGGUAUACCAAAAUAAUAAAUGAAACAGCAAUGUAAUUUUGUAAUUAUUAAGUGUUCUUUUCUCUUUCCUGUCUGAGGCAACUGGUAGUUUCUCAAGCAGCACAUGUGAAGAGGAAGCGAUGACGUUUAAAAAAAAAAAAAAAAAAAAAAAAAAAAAACUAUUUAAAAGAUGUUUAUGAUAAGGAAACUUCUGUCACUGGUUUCAACUGAUUCUAAUACAUUUACUGCCACGCUAAUGUUCUCAGCUGCGGCUUUCAUACUACAAGACAGUCCGUGUGAUUAUCUGUCCUCUCACUGAGAAAGAAAAACGCCUCCAAGUCAAUGAAAAGUGCUUUGUGGCAAUCGAAAAAAGGAACUACUCUUUGUGUUGGGCAAUAUCACCAUUACUGCAAACACAGCGAAAGACUACUCAUACAGAUCUUGAGAGACUUAAUGUCUUUUUUUAUCUUCAGUUAAUUUCAUCUAAGGCUGUGGCUGGAACAAAUAACAAUUAACUUUGAAUCAAAUGGCUACUUUUGUUCCUACGGAGACCCCAGUUCUUUAUGGACCACCUCCAACUACCGUCACGCUCGCGUCGUCUUCCAAACUACCCCUCUCCCAUCAGAUCGGGAUUGCGAUCCUGGUCAUCGCAUUUGUGUUUGGUUUUCCUGGCAACCUGUUUGUGGUGUGGUCGGUCCUGUGUCGAGUUCGUCGCCGCUCCGUCACCUGUCUGCUGAUUCUGAAUCUGGCUGUGGCUGAUGCGCUGGUGCUCCUGAGUGCGCCGCUGUUCAUCAGGUUCCUGGCCGGAGGUAGAGGCUGGGAGUUUGGCGCCACCCUCUGUAAAACGGUCCAUUACAUGUGUUGCGUCAAUAUGUACUCCUCAAUCUACCUUAUUUGCCUGAUGAGCAUGGACCGCUGGCUGGCCGUCACAAAGCCGUUUCUGUCUCAGAGAUUGAGGACCAAGAAAAGGCUCCUGUCUGUCAUGUUGGGCAUCUGGGUGAUGGCUUUUCUGAUGGCUUUGCCCAUGCCGUUCUAUCGUUCCUCGCUGAUGGUCAGUCCAAAUUUUUAUGUGUGUAUACCAUACCACUGGAAAGACAGCAAUCAUGAAAUCUUUCAGUACAUGUGGGAGACUGUGCUGGGUUUCCUGCUGCCCUUCACCUUCAUCCUGUUUUGCUAUAUCUCUGUGAUCUGUCGGCUGCGUACCGCUAUGUUCCAGCGCAAAGGAAGGGGAAACUUCCUCAUUCUCCUCAUCAUCGCUGCUUUUACCGUCUUCUGGCUGCCGUAUCACCUAAUCAACAUUCUACAGGUGAUUGGUCUGAUGCAGAACUCCACUUCUGUUUUAAAAGUGGCAAAAGUGGCCCGUCCCAACGUGACAGCGUUUGCAUUCAUGAGCAGCAGCGUAAACCCUGUCCUGUAUGUGUUUGCCGGCAGUUCUCACAUCCGUCAAGCUGGUCUGGGCUUCAUGGCCAAACUCUUUGAAGGAACCAACUCAGAGUCUGGCUCCACCCGCACCAGGUCCAGCCGUGGAUCUAAUGCAGAGAUCUCUGUUUUUACCAAGAUGUCUGUCAAGCUGAAUCGUAAAGGGGACGGGGCAGGAGCUGACCCCCAUGAGGAGACCAUGGCAGAUUUGAACAACAGAGAUGAGAUGAAGACUCUGACUACCCUGCAUUAAAGUGCUCACAUCAUUCUUUCAUUUCCCUGAAGUCCAUUUAUAAUGUUAGUUCAGGUUGUUGGACUCCCAUUAUCCCACUGAAAUAAUAACACCAUCUUCUGCUGCUGCUGUUUCAGAAUAAACGUGUUUUUAUUUCCUCUGUCUAAAUACUUGAUUGUAAUUGGCUGGAAUGCGGACAUUAAAACAUUCCCAGAUAGCAAGCAACCAUCGAAACAACGUCAAAUCAAUGUCAGUGUGUCAGUGAAAACUGCAUUUGUUUGCACCUGCAAUUAAUGUUGAAAAAAUCAAUGGUAAUGGCAUUGAAUCAAUGUUACAAUGUGAUGUUGGUUUAACAUAAUGCUUGCACUCUCAGAAAAUGAAAAAAAUGAAACACAACAGCUACAACCAGGGCUUGACAUUAACUUUUUUGCUCACCAGCCACUGUGGCUAGUGGUUUUCCAAAGUUACUAGCCACUCAGCAUUUUCACUGGCCACAAUUUUGCUGUUGGGAAAUUACAUUUUAUAUGAUUAAAGUUGACUUUUGGCAUGCUUAAAUUACUUGAUUUUGAGUAAUUUUACUUGAUUUACUUGAUUUCAAAUGCAGAGGGGUGGGCAAUAUGAGCAUUGGCUAAUAUGAUAGUUAUUUUUGUUAGGCUAUAUAAAAGAACAAAGAAGAACAAAAGAGAACAAAGAACAAAGGAGAACAAAAACAAUAGCAAAUUAAAAAAAAAACUUUUUUCAGAUACAGUAGGUUUAUUUAACAUGUAUACAUUUAUUUAACAUUUUUUGUUGUUUGAUUAACGUUAAUGACAGACAGGUAUUUAAUUGGGCUGCUGAAUGCAUGGACGUAAUAUACUGACAUAUCCAGUUAUUACCCACCUGUUUACGUCCACUUAAGCCAUAACUGACCUGUAUUCACGCGAGAUACUCCACAUGAUGGGCAUUUUGACAUCUGUGUGUGCAUGUAUUUGACUUUUCAGGCGAAAGGAGAACUGAUUGCACGCGAGACAGAGAGAGAGUGCACACGCGAGAGAGCGCUUCUGUGGUGUAUCAUUCACAGCUGAAAUCUACCCACAUUUGGCAGGUUGGUGGGUGUUAAUGUCAAGCCCUGACUACAACUGACUUAAAGCCACACAGCCUGAAAUCAACUGUAAAUAAAAGACACACAAUCUCUCAAGAUCUCAGCAGAAGUUCUUUUUGAGAAUUAACAGAGGUUUAGAUGUUGAUGUUUUAUUGAAAAUGUUUUAUCACCAUUGUGGUGAUCAGUGUUUCCUUUAGUUGGGCAGUUUGAAUCUUGGCUUUUUAUGUGAGUUUGUGGUCUUUGUAACAGCAUUUACCCAAACACAUAAUUUGUUGCAAAGACAGCCAGAAACAAAGAUGAUCAGGUGAUAUAGUUUUCAGCAUCAUAAAGUAGAAUAAGUCAUUAUUCUCAUCACUGCACCAGAGUAUAAAACUCAUGGCUCCCAGCAUGCAUUGCGGCAUGAAGCAUGUCACCAUUGUUGAUAUUCAUAUGCUGAUUUUUUAAUGUCUGUGUGCCUAAAAAAACCCUACAAUGUAUUUAAAAAUCAAAAUUAAGAAUGUCUGAUCUUUUGAAAGAAAAUAUUGCCAAUGAAUAUAAUCUAUUAACAACAAAUAACCACUUUUGGUCAGGAAUAAGAUUAUUCUAAUUCAUGAUGCUGCAAACUGUAUUAUCUGAUCAUCUUUGUUUCUGAGUUUCUUUGCAACAAAUUAUGUGUUUUGGUAACCACAGUUACAAACACCACAAACUCACAUAAAAAGCCAAGCGUCAACCUGCCCAACUAAAGGAGAUACUGAUCAACACAUCAACAUCUAAACCAAUGUUAAUUCUCAAAAAUUAACUGUAGACAAAUGCAAAGUAAAUCUGGUUAGUAAUAACUGAAGCCGGUAAUGCUAUUUGUGGAGUUGUUUUAUCCUCCUCUGCUGAGAUCUUCAGAUAUUUAGUCUUCUUUUAUCUUCAGGCUGUGUGGCUUUAAGUCAGUUGUAGUUUCAUUUUCUGAGAGUGCAAGCAUGAUGUUGAUUCAAUGCAGUCACAGGUGGACUCAGUAGUAUUUUAAAUACACUGUUUGUAAGUUAGUCCGGCCGAUAACAACAACAAAAAUCUAACCAAUCAGUAUUAGGGGCGUAUGACGGUCGAGGAGAGAGAACAAGCAAGAGGGAGAUUUGAAAAUAAAAUAAAAAACUGCAGAACGAGAAAUGCGACAUAAUACAAAAGAGCUCCAAAGAAUAUCACUGGAAUGAAGGUUUAUGCCUAGGCAAAACGCUUUAGGACCCACUUUUAUAUUAGAAAAGUUUUCCAGCGCUGGAGAGAGCUAAGUGGGAAGGCCUGAAAACAGACGCGGAGGCUGCUUUGAUCCCGCUUCUCAUGUGAGUACACUGGGUUUUGAUUGUCUGGAGCCGCUGUGCUGUUUGCAACUAACAACGAACAUUUUAUAUUUACUCUUGUGUACUGUGCGUUAAUUUUUUUGUGCUUCCUUGUCGUUCGUUCAUCAACUGAAUGACUGAAUGUUUUUCGUGAAGCAUUUUGUUGCUUGUCAGCUGUGAUAAACAAACAUCCACUCGCAUUGCGUGUGUAACAGUGGCCAGAUAGCGAGAGUUUUGCAGGUAAACCACUGCAAGCUGACAACCGUUAGAGAAUGUGGUGCUUUGAUAGCGCAUUCGCCUCGCAUGCCAGUAGAGGACGGGCCGGAAUUCGAGACCGACUCAGAGCAGGGUGGUUAAGACUUUGAUGUUGUUUUGAUGGUUGAUUUGCUAUCUGGGUUGUUAUAUUUUUUUAGAAUUUUUUUAGAAAUUUUUUUUUUUUUUGAAAAUUCUUUCUUAAUACUCUUGCUGUUUACUGUUUGUUUUUUGUUUGUUUAUAAAGCAUGAAUAUAUUUGCAUGUAAAUGCAUCCUCAUCAUUCGCUUGCUUAUGUCCACACCACAUUUAGGCUAUGUUCAGACUGUCAUUCCAAAUCUGAUUUUUGUGCAUAUCCGAUUGAAAUCCGAUCAGAUUUAGCAAGUGUGACCCAAUAAAAGAGAGAAGUAGCAACAACAGCAUACAGAGCAUCCCUAAAACACAAAUGAGGAAUUAAAAAAAAAAAAAAAAAAAAAAACAUCAGUUUAGUUACAUUAAGUUUAAUGUAUAGGCUAUAUAAUGAUGCCCUUUGACCCCUCACAAAAUUCAACAAAUUCUGAAUUUAGUACACAAAAACAGAAACAGCGAUUCUAGCCGUUCUGGCUCUUAAAAUGGAGCAAAGCAAACAGAACCACAGGAAUCACACUGAUGAAUCAGGAAAACAGACCCUCAGAAGAAUAAUUUAGAAAAUUUACACCUCAAUAAUAUUUUACUGAUGAAUGAACUAUUUAAACAAACACAAAAGCAAAAGAUUUUCGUCUUUUUAACCCUCAAGUAGUGAUGGGAGAUAUCUUUUUGAAACUUUGAAUCAACUGAACCAAUUGACAUUCGCAAAAUGAUUCGCUGUUUCGAAACACUCGAAACGCCACACACUACUGACUCCUGCUGGUCAGAACAGUGUAAAUGCAACAAAAACGUGCAUAAAUAUCUUUCACAAUUACAGCUCACGAUUUACCAAUUACAAAUGCUUUAUUGACAGUGUCAUCUAUUAAAUGCAAUUUAAUAUCUAAUAUCUAAUAUUAUGCCUAAUAUCUAAUAUCAUUAAAUAUAAAGAGAAUUUAUAAUAUAUGUCAUUUUAUUAAAUUGUAGGGCUUGUUUUGUUUAUGGAGAGCUUGGUUAAUCAGGCCAGUGAAAUAGCCUACUUUUAACUACAACUCUUCCUUUUUAUUAUACAAAUGUGCCAUUAAAAUGUCUAGAAAUGUAUAAAACUGAUGCGGGAUCAGGUAAAGUUAUACAGACACUGGUUCAUGGGUUCAGAGAUCAUAGUCAAAGGACUAUAGCGAGUCAAUCGUGCCUUGCAUGGAUAACCUACCGAAGGAGACAGUCGUGUACUUUUACGUGAGAGAAGGGGUAUGUCGCACCACAGACGCGUGACACCAACGUCUGAGAAGUACAUCGCCACCACAAAAAAAUGUAUCUUACUCUCAUGUUUGUUUGUUUUUUUGGGGCUUUUAUUAUCUUUCCUUUGUUAUAUUUCUUAUCAACAAUUGUUCACUUUUUUAUUUUACUUUCCUGUGUUCUGUUGACAUUGAAUAUAUUCUUGAUACAUAUUGUGUAGCUAUUGUAUACAAAGUUGUAUGUUAUUAAUGCCAUUUACGGUUUACAAGCAUAAUAAAAAAAAUAAAAAAAUGUAUUAAAAAUA